GUUACUGCUUAUUACUGUAACCAUAAUUUAUGUGGAGAUGAGCAAUAUUGCUGUGGAGAUAAUCUUUGUUGUGAUUAUGUGUAUUCCCUUUGGUACUUUUGGGUAGGAGUUGUUUUUCUAAUUCUGAUGUUGUCAGCAUGUGGAGGCUUUUUUCGAUAUUGUUAUGAUAACAACCAUUAUGUUGUAUUGCAAAAUUUUGCUGUAUUUCCUUCAGAAGAGAAAACAGAUGAUAAUAGAGCAGGUAGCAUAAGUUUAUGGAUGGAUGCUAAUAUUCCAGCCCCGUAUCCUGAAAAUAAUUUUCAUAACAGUGGAAUGGGUUCAGUUGCUCAAGGUCCUCCUCCUCCAUACACAGAAUCCACACAGAACAGCGGAAAAGCAAAAGAGAUGUCACGACCACUCUAUCACUGACCUUUGACCGACGGUAUUUUUGAAAGUAUGCCGUAAAAAGAAAUUGGUCAGACAAACCGAUCGAAUUCCUCUGUGAAUUCAUUGACUAAUCAUUUGUUAAUAGGGUAAUUCCCGUUGAAGUUUCAGAAGGAACAAAACAAGACUUUUCAAAGAAGAAAAAAUCUUAAGUAAUCAAAUUUUAAUGUUUUUUGUCAAAAUAAACAUAAUAUCAAUAGAUUAGUGAAAAAGUGCAAUACUGUAUCUCUUGUUUAGAAACAAAAUAUAUAAAUAGAUGGUGGAAAUAUUCUCAUACAAGAGAUAUAUAAUGAAUGUAUGUGAAAUUUAUUUAUUUUUCAAAUUAAAUAGGUAUAUUAUUCUUGGUUACAGAUUACAUAUAUACAUAUAUAUAUUCUAUAUAGUAAUAGAAAAUAUAACAAAUGUGAAACCUGUGUAUAUUGUAUAUAAAACAUGUAAAAAAAAUAUACACAACUAUUCCAAGUCCAUCUUUUAAAAUUAUAGUGGAUAAUGAUUUUAUUCUUAUUUUUUACUUCUCAACAACAGCUUUUUAUUCUGCAUCAUUUUAUAUCAAUUAAUAUAUUAUCAUUGAUGAAAUUUAUAUAUGUUAUGUAUGUAUAUAAUUAUGUUUCAUUUGUAAUUUGUUGCAUAGAUUUUGUUUUUAAAUCUAUUUUAUCAUCAGUUUAUUUUAGUUUAUUGGGAUUGUAUAUUAUCCUUCUUAAGCGAAAAGUUGUAUAUACUUGUACAGAUUGUAAAAAAGAAAUUUUGCUUGAAGAAAUUGUUCCCUUACUAACAAAAUAUAAGGUUAUUAUUGUUAGAAAUACUCAAAAUAUAACUGUAUGCAUUAUAUUAUUUGAUAAUAAAUCUACAAAUAAGAAAAUAUUACUUUUGUUGCUUUUGAAUUUAAUCAAAAGAUAUUUAAAUAAAAGCAAUA